AUGAUCAUUCCCGUUCGUUGCUUCUCCUGUGGCAAGGUCACUGGCGACCUUUGGGAGCGCUACCUCAAGCUCAUUGACGAUGGCAUUACGGAUGGCGACGCCAUGGACCAGCUUGGCCUCAAGCGCUACUGCUGCCGUCGUAUGGUCAUGACUCACGUUGACCUUAUCGAGAAGCUUCUCAAGUACACUCCCGACGGACGUAACGAGAAGAAGAUGUCCUUGAACCCGUAG